AUGGCCGCCACAACCUUCCGCAAUCCUGUUAUCCCAGGUUUCAAUCCCGAUGCGUCUGUUGCGGUCGUACACGAUGCAGGUUCUGCUACCUUUCUUCUUUGCACGUCAAUGUUUGAAUUCUUCCUCGGUUGCGUCAUCUAUUUCUCCAAGGACCUGGUCAACUGGUCGCUCAUUGGCCAUGCCUUGACUCAGCGCAGCCAAGUCGAGAUGCGCACCAUAGAGCCAGGCACGGGUAGCUGGGCCAGUACUUUGAGGUACCGUCCAAUAGACGGCAGAAACGGCCAGGGAAGAUUCUACCUCAGCAGCCGUGUGUUCCAUCAGAUCGCUUCUUUCCUCGAGGCUUCUAUGCUUACACGGCUGACAUCUGGGACUCCGAUUCGUGAGUCACCACACGGUAUCGCUGAAAGAUCCCACCUGUUCAAACGAGGGGCGUACUACUACCUCAUCACCGCAGAGGGCGGAACGGAGGCUGGGCACCAAGAAUGGGUCUUUCGAAGCAUAAAAGGUCCUUAUGGGCCUUGGGAGUCUCAAGAUAAGCCAAUGUGGUAUAACGAACCGACCGAGGACGUUCAAAGGGCCGGUCAUGCCGACAUCUUCGAAGAUGGGGAGGGCAACUGGUGGGCGGUGCUUCUGGGGGUUCGGCCUAUCAAAGACGAGACUGGGAGGUUCCUAGAACCUCAACUCGGAAGGAUUGGCCGGUCUUCAACGAUGGCUCCAAUAUAUCACUAUUAG